AAACCCUAAACCCUAAACCCCCCCUCUCUCUCUCUCUCUCACUCUUUCUCUGUGCUGUGAGCAGAAAUGGCCAUGGCGUCAAUGGCCACAAGGGCCAGAAACCCUCUCCGCUCCUCAUUUCGCCGCUUACUGACGAGGCGGUCCCUCAACUCUCACGCAGUCUGGUGCGGCCGCCUCGGCUUCGCUUCCUUCUCCUCCUCCUCCGUCCUCUCCGACCCGGCGCCGGAGCCCUCGCCAGUCUCCGCAGGGACCAAGGUCCUCGAGACCUUCAGAGAGGAGUUCGAGAUUGGCUCGCGCUUGAUCACGCUUGAAACUGGGAAAAUUGCGCGGUUUGCCAAUGGAGCUGUGGUCUUGGGGAUGGAUGAGACGAAGGUCCUGUCUACUGUCGCGUCGUCUAAGGGAGACGCUGUGCGGGAUUUUUUGCCGCUCACUGUCGACUACCAAGAGAAGCAGUUUGCGCAAGGUUUAAUCCCAAGCACAUUCAUGCGCCGGGAGGGUGCUCCCAAGGAGCGGGAACUUUUAUGUGGCCGACUGAUUGAUAGACCAAUCCGUCCUCUAUUUCCUGCAGGGUUUUAUCACGAAGUGCAGGUAACGGCGAGCGUCCUAUCUUCCGAUGGGAAUCAAGAUCCAGAUGUAAUGGCAGCUAAUGCGACAUCUGCCGCUCUCAUGUUAUCAGACAUUCCGUGGGGUGGACCCAUUGGCGUGAUUCGUAUCGGGAGGAUUUGUGGGAAAUUUAUCAUUAAUCCGACAAUGGAUGAGCUCAGUUUAAGUGACCUCAACUUAGUAUAUGCCUGCACAAAGGACAAAACUUUGAUGAUAGAUGUGCAAGCACGUGAGAUCUCAGAGAAAGAUCUUGAGGCUGGGUUGAGGCUGGCUCAUCCUGAGGCCGUCAAAUAUCUUGAACCUCAAGUUAGAUUGGCCGCCAAGGCUGGUAAACAUAAGAAGGAAUAUAAGCUGUCCAUGGUCUCAAACAGAACGUUGGAGAAAGUUAGAGACUUAGCUGCAGCACCUAUUGGAGCUGUUUUUACUGAUCCUUCAUAUGGCAAGUUUGAACGUGGGGAGGCCUUAGAGAAUAUAGCGCAAGAUGUAAAGAGAGCUCUUGAGGAGGAAGGUGAUGAUGAAAGCCUAAAAGUGUUGCCCAAGGCAGUAGACACUGUGAGGAAACAGAUUGUACGCAAAAGGGUUAUUGAAGAAGGAUCCAGAGUUGACGGGAGACGCCUUGAUGAAGUCAGGCCGGUUUACUGUGAAGCUGGCAAUUUUCCUGUAUUGCAUGGAUCUUCGCUAUUCUCUCGAGGAGAUACUCAGGUUCUAUGUACUGUGACACUUGGGGCUCCUGGAGAUGCUCAACGGUUGGAUUCACUCGUCGGGCCCCCAACAAAGCGCUUCAUGCUUCAUUAUAGCUUUCCCCCGUUCUCAAUAAAUGAAGUUGGCAAGCGAGUUGGCUUAAAUAGGCGUGAAGUUGGUCAUGGCACCCUAGCAGAAAAAGCUCUUCUUGCUGUUUUACCUCCUGAAGAAGAUUUCCCCUACACAGUUCGUGUAAAUUCAGAAGUGAUGGCUUCUGAUGGUUCAACAUCUAUGGCAACUGUCUGUGGAGGAAGCAUGGCUCUCAUGGAUGCUGGCAUUCCAUUACGAGAACAUGUAGCUGGCGUUUCAGUUGGUCUUGUUAGUCAAGUCGAUCCAGUAACUGGCGAAAUCAAGGAUUAUCGGAUACUGACUGAUAUACUGGGCUUAGAGGAUCAUCUUGGGGAUAUGGACUUUAAAAUUGCUGGCACUAGGAAAGGGGUCACUGCAAUUCAGCUUGACAUAAAGCCAGCUGGAAUCCCUUUAGACAUUAUUUGCGAGAGCCUGGAACCUGCAUAUAAAGGACGUCUUCAGAUACUUGACCACAUGGAGCGAGAAAUAAAUGUCCCACGUACUCAAGAUGAUACGAACGCUCCUCGAUUAGCUACAAUGAAGUUCAGUAAUGAUGCCAUCCGUCGCUUGAUUGGGCCUCUAGGUGUUCUUAAGAGGAAAAUUGAGGAAGAAACAGGUGCACGAAUGUCGGUGAGUGAUGGAACACUGACUAUAGUGGCCAAGAAUCAAUCUGUAAUGGAUAAAGUACAAGAAAAGAUUGAUUUUAUAGUUGGCCGCGAGAUUGAAGUUGGUGGGAUCUAUAAAGGCGUUGUUACAUCAGUCAAGGAAUAUGGAGCUUUUGUGGAGUUUAAUGGUGGGCAGCAAGGCCUUCUCCACAUUUCUGAAUUAUCUCAUGAACCGGUAUCCCGAGUUACAGAUGUAGUAUCUGUUGGUCAGCAUCUUACUGUAAUGUGCAUUAGCCAAGAUGUUCGGGGGAACAUCAAACUUUCCCUAAAAGCGACUCUACCACAACGGAAGUCGAGCUUACAGAAUGCGGUUGAGCAAUCUCGUCCCCUAGUGAAAGAGGCAUCUAAUAUCUGGGCAUCAAUUGAAGAUAAACCUAAUGAUAACAAGGAAAAUAAUUCCCAGCUGGAGAGCUCCCCAUCGAUCGAACCUAAUACUUCUGUAUCCUCUAUACCUUCAAUCCUAAUCAGAAGUGCCGCUGAAUGUGAUGAAGCAGAUAAAUAUGCAGAAACUCCAAAGAGUUCUUCAAAACUGAUCAACAAGUCCAGUAAUUCCAGGAAGAGGAAAAAUCAGUUCGAGCAUGAUUCCACUGGAAGCGAUGUAGAAAAAACUGAGGAGGAGGAUCUUCUUACUGCGAAGAACUUGAAGUUGGGGACAAAGGUGGCUGCGAAGGUCCAUCAAGUUCGUGCGAGAGGACUAGUCCUUGAUUUGGGUAAUGGACUCCGUGGAAUGUACAGAUUCGAGACGACCAAGAAUGCAGAAUUUGAGGUAGGUGAUGAGAUGGUGGUCGAGUGCAUGAGCUUCUCUGCGAAGGGAGUCCCUGUCAUGUCCCGCGUGAAGGAUGAAUAGAUAGCUAUUUAUCUUGAAGCCCAUGGACUAACAAUACGGCAAGCAAAUUCUGCCUGAUUGUCAGAAGCCACGAUUUAACUAAUGUCUCGUCCACCAUGCUAUGGCUUCUACACUCGUUCAGGUGAAGUAAUCUAUCCUAUGCUCGAGAAUUGCUAUGGCUUCUACACUCGUUCAGGUGAAGUAAUCUAUCCUAUGCUCGAGAAUUACGAGUGCUCAUGGAGUUGACACAACUCUUGCCGAAGAUUACGAUGGAGCUUGAGGAGCAAGACAUAUGUGUAAACUAAUUCGAUAAUUGGUAUGAUAGUAUGAACUAUCAUACCUUGGAGUUGCAUGAAGCUGUUGAGUUACUUGGUGACUCGUAAAUUUUGUUACUCAGGUAGAUUUUUUUCCUUUUUUUUUGGUGCCAUGUAUUUAUCGGAACUGUGAUUACUUAUAGUAGAGAAUUCGACGACCGGACACGGGAAAUUUUUUUUUUU